AUGCAUAGCCAUGCUAAUAACUACGGUAAUUUUAAAUCAAGAAAUAAUGAUAUAGAUGAUGAUUCCAGCGAUGAUAAUGGAAAUGAUCAGUGGACACCAGAUACUGACGCAGAUGGGAAAGAUGACUUCGUUAAAGAUUACUCAUCCGAUCCAGACGAAAUAAGAAUAAAGAAAAAACGCAUUAGAAAGAAAGGAAGAAAAGCCAAAUUCCUUGUAGAGCAACUUAUCUACGAUCAACAAAUUAUGGCUAAUCAACAAAGAUUAAUGCAAUAUCAGCAGCAGCAACAAAUUCAAUUACCAAUAGCACCACAACCUUCAAUUCAUUACCCACAACAGACAUUUACUUCAAACAUCCCUCAUUCUUUACCUACUUUAGAAUCGGUCGGCGCAAAUCAUAUACCCGGAUCAUUUGAUUUAGUUCCUCGUGGAUGA